ACCAAGUAUCGAGUGAGUGUGUGUUCAGUGGCGAACGUUCGUGAGAGUGCAAGUGGUUACAGUGAGAGUGAUUGAACGUGGUGCGUGGGUACUUCGCGUGGUGGUUACUUAUCGGCAGACCUAGUGUCCGUUAUAUUUUCCUGGUCCGAGUAUCGUAAUUACCGCUACGUUGCAACAUGAAGAUUUCCGUGUGUUUACUAGUGACAUUUGCUUUAAUAUUGUGUACUGUCAAAGCGACCGAAGAAGAGUCACCAAUCGACGAUGUCAAAUUAGAUAAUUCUGAAGAAAGUGAAGAUGUAAGAACAAAACGUUCAGGAGAUCUUUUAAGUUCAUUAACGUCUAAGAAACUAAGUCUCCUAGGCUCUCUGUCAGGCGGUAAAUCAUUUGCAGUACCAGACCCACAUUAUGGAGAACAGCAGCAUCUGUCUUACCAUUCAAAACCUUCGUUUGAUUUGUGGGGUAUUAAGAAAGCAAUCAUGUCUUCAGUAUUUCAAGCUGCAAAAGCAAUAACUGGUGGAGUGUUGGCUCUAAAAGGACAAUUAAUAAAAGCCAAUGGACACAUGGUUGUAGCUAAAGGAAAAUUGUUGCAAACUAAAGGAGAAGCCAUAACAAACUUUGGCAAAAGCGUCGCCACUCACGCGUUUGAUUCUGGAGAGUAUCAUCAUCAAUACAUUCCACAACAAGUCCAUGUGCCCACCCAAUAUGGAGCUGUAGGAUAUGGACCCUCUGCUUUUGCAGGUCAUAGACCGAACUAUCCUUCAGCUUAUGGUGGCCAAAGUGACUACAGUGGUGAAGACAUUAACGCUUUUGCAAAUCAAGGUUUCUCAUCAAAACGAGCAGUCCAUGCCGUUCCUGCUCCAGUAGUUGGAUCAUCUAACUUCAUUCGAAAUGCAUUUGAUAAAGAUGGAGUUCAUGCAGGUCUAUUGAUUUUAAAACCAAUUAAAAUGCCUCUUAAUAAUCAAUAUGUUCAAUCGCAACCCAAUUUCCAACAAAACUUUGGAUAUCAAGCUCAUACAAAUGGACAUCAAGUUCAGAAUAAUCUUUAUAGAAAUAAUGCAUACCAAAUUCCAACCACUAGCUUUGGUGGACAAACUACGGCCAACAAUUAUUUAACAAAUGGUAUACAAAGUCAAAACCACUUGUACCAACCUCAAACCAACAGUGAAACCGUUCAAAACUUAGCCUACUCAUUACAAGGCAUUAGCAACCAUGCUAACUCUCAAAUAGCUAGUCAUCAAAAUGUGGGACUUUCUGCCCAAGCUAUUCCCCAACCUCAAGUGAAUUACGGUGAUCAAUAUAAUUCAGCAUCUGAUUAUCAAGAAAAUGUUGCGGAACCAAAUUAUACAAAUCUUUUUGAAAAUGCAUAUAAAAAAGACCAGCAAAAAAUUAACCCUGAAAAGUUAGUUUCAAAUUAUUUCAAUCCAACUAAGCCUUCGUCUAAUUACCAAUUAUCAGAAGAAGACGGUUUAAAAGUGAAAUCCAAUGAAGAUUUUGUAAUUAAAGAAAUCGCAUCUCCUUCAGAAGAAAAAAUUGUGCCAUUAAAAUAUUCUAAUGAUUCAAGUCCAGAAGAUCAGGCUAAAUUAAAACAAACAGUUCAAAGAUUUUUCAAUAUGUUGCAAAAAAGGCAAUCAUAACUUUGUUACAAGAAUAGAAUUAAUCCAGAAAAAAAGAAAUCAAACACGCAUAAAACCUUAAAGAACUGUGAAUGAUUACGUGUUUAAAUUAGCUAGUCAUUUUUUAAAAUAUUAUUUUGUUUGUAUUUGUACAAAAUAUAAUUAGAUUAUUAACUUUAUAUUCAUGCUUUAGUACUCAAAAUGUAAAACGUAUUGCUCAAAAUGAAUUAUGCAGAUCAUUUACAAUUGUUUUAUGAUAAAAAAUAAUUUAUGUUUAUUACAUAAUUAUUCUAAUUUACUUGAAUUAUUAUAAAUAUAUUAAUAUAACAAAAUAAAAGAAUAGCUUUUGAAAAACGGACUUUGUGAAAAUAGAACUAAGACAAUUAAUAAAUGUAAACUAAAUAGUAUUACUUUUUAUUGAUAAUCUAUAUAUGGGCUUAUUACAUUACAUAAAGCGUAAACUAUAAGUACUAGAAAUAAAUAUUCUUUAGAUUUAGUGAAAAUAAUUUUAUUGUACAUUUUGUAUAUUAUA